UUCUCACAGUGACGAUUCUCGAAUCGUGAUAGCUCUUCUUUCGGUCUUCUUCUUUCGAAGGUGCGGGCGAUGGCGGGGGAGAUAGUUGAUAAGGUGUCGCCUCUCGGGAAGAUGAAACAGGCGCCGAUGACGGCGGCGGCGUACGUGACGUUCCUGGCCGGAGACGUCGAUUACGUGAAGGGCGUUGUGGGACUGGCAAAGGGGUUGAGGAAGGUAGGAUCCGCGUACCCGUUGGUUGUGGCCAUGCUCCCCGAUGUGCCGGAGAGCCACCGCCGUCUCCUCGUCUCUCAGGGAUGCAUCGUGCGUGUGAUCGAGCCGGUUUACCCGCCGGAGAGCCAGACCCAGUUCGCCAUGGCGUAUUACGUCAUCAACUACUCCAAGCUCCGCAUAUGGGAGUUCGUGGAGUACAAGAAGAUCGUGUACCUGGACGCGGACAUUCAGGUGUACGAGAACAUCGAUUACCUGUUCGAUCUGCCCGACGGCCGCUUCUACGCGGUGAUGGAUUGCUUCUGCGAGAAGACGUGGAGCCACACGCCGCAGUACGAGAUCGGCUACUGCCAGCAGUGCCCCGACAAGGUGGCAUGGCCUGCCCGAGAGCUCGGGCGGCCGCCGCCCUCCCUCUAUUUCAACGCCGGCAUGUUCGUGCACGAGCCCAGCCUCGCCACCUGCGAGUCUCUGCUCGCCACCCUCAAGAUCACACCUCCCACCCCCUUUGCAGAGCAGGAUUUCCUAAACAUGUUCUUCGAGGACAUCUACGAGCCAAUCCCUCUGAUCUACAACCUGGUGUUGGCGAUGCUCUGGAGGCAUCCGGAGAAUGUGGAACUGGAAAAGGUCAAAGUGGUUCACUACUGCGCUGCGGGGUCGAAGCCCUGGAGGUACACUGGAAAGGAGGCGAACAUGGAUCGGGAGGACAUCAAAUCGCUGGUGAAGAAAUGGUGGGGCGUAUACAACGACGAGAGCCUGGACUACAAACCGCCGGCUUUGGCGAUGGUCGCUGCGACGACGGAGGUGGACGAGGGGCUGAAGCAGGCGCCGUUGCUCGCGGCGCUGUCGAAGGCCGGGGCGGCUAACUACGUGGCGGCUCCCUCGGCAGCGUGACGACGUGUGUUUGUUAUGAUUUAUGCCCUCGUUUUUUAUCUUUCCUUAAUCCUCUUUUUUAUUGGGGUCGACGGUGUUUUGUUGUGUAUUAAGGCUAAUGUGAAUCUGCUGUAACUAAUAUUGGUUUGCACCACAAUAAUGCAUUUGGCGUCGUAUUUCCGAACUCA